AUGACUCCGGAUUAUAACAUAAAGAAGCUGGACCUUGAUCUUCAAGUUCCGGAUGAAAUAGAUUUGUCUGGUUUACGAGGUAUUGGCAAAAAAGAAAAUGAAGUACUUCUGCCCGAUGAUGCCUCAACGACACCAACUCCUACUCUGCCUGAUUAUGACAGGAAUAUAGUUGAACAGUUAGAAGCUAUGGGUUUUACAAGGAAUGCUUCGAUAAAGGCUGCGAUAGAAACUGGAAAAAGCGGGGGUGUAGAAGCCGCCGCUGAAUGGGUAAUGCUCCGUUUGGAUGAUCCUUCACUGAAUGACCCUCCAGCCACUAGUUCCAAUCCUGGUGCCGGUGCUCCAGCACAUAUGGAGGGAUUAGAUGAACUUAUUGCAUUUGGUUUCACAGCUCAUCAAGCACGAUAUGCUCUCAACCGUAAUCCGGAUGCGAACGCUGCCGCAGAGUGGUUGUUUGUUCAUUCGGAGGAGGUACCACCUGAAUGUGCGACUUCUGCGUCUCGUGAAUUCAGCGAUGGGAGUGGAAAGUAUCGCCUCGUAGCUUUUAUUAGUCAUAUGGGAAGCAGUCCCCAUUCUGGACAUUAUGUGGUGCAUGUGAAGAAAGAUGACAGAUGGAUACUCUUCAACGACGAGAAAGUGGCCAUCUCACAAAAUCCACCUCGUCAACUUGCUUACCUUUAUCUAUUUCAAAGGUAUGAGUGA